GUCAUUAUUGUUAUUGUACCUUUUUAAUGCCAUGUCAUCAAUCCUCCUAUAAACCAGAACUUUAUUUUGUGUUGGUAUAUCCCCCUCAGUAAUACAUUUGUAUCUUAAGAGCAGUAGGCUACUAAUAAUUAAGAAAAAGAUGAAUGAACAUUAAUUUAAUCCUGGACAAAAGUAUGGAAACGCAUGCAACUAAACUUAAGUGUAACCUAAAUUGUUUAUGGAUCUGAUAUUAGUUAAAUUUGAAGCAGCCUGCAGCACAUGGAAACUUGAGAUGAGCAACGUAACAUGAUUAUGAAUAACGGGUUAGCCUGUUUCCAUGACGACCCAGUGACUCGUUAGCAUUUUUGAGAGCUGCAGCCUAGCAUUACUGCACGGAGAUGAACAGCCAGCACCGUACCGUAACAAUGACCGGGUGUACUCAAUUUUACCAACAGAGAUAAGUACUUCUUCGUUCUAUGGCGGCUCCACCAUGAUGACUUUCCAGUUUAACCCCUCGCUACCAACCGCAAAGGCUUUUGUUUCACAGGGAAGCUCAAAUUGCAGCCAGCGCGGCCCUGACACAGCUGCUUAUCCAGCGUUCAGGAUGGGAGUAGGUGGAGGACCAGCAGCUUUUGGACCUAACAAUCGCUUAAGGGAGAAAUUUCCUGCGAUGCAAACCUUAAACGAGUCCAGGGACUGGAAGAACUUGGUCUCUGACUUCGUUGUUAGAGGCUCACCUAAUUCAUCCCAAAAUGUCAAACUGGAUUUGGAAAACACUGACCUAAAGAGGGACCUGUGUGGUAGACAGCUUCUAUAUGAUGAAACAUGUACCAGAUUUGAGAGGACCAGAACUGUGAUUCCUCCGCUGACGAGGGACUACCCUGUGAAUAGACCUGGCAACCUGCAUCCCGUCAAACUGUUCAAGGAGUUUCCCCACAUGCACGGUGGGCGGCCCCUCACCCUUGGGUGCCAUGGAAGAUAUGAACUCAACAGAACUCCAGAAAUGGUCUUUCCUUCCGCUUUAGUCCUCAAUGGCCGAAACACGUUCUCAGUUGGAAACUGCAAGCUCAGCAGGCCUAAGGUGAAUUAUCCGACCUACACUCUGCAGGCUGUUAAAGACAAUCAAAAGAGCCAGUCCUUUCCAGACCCAAUGGUCGGAGCGCCUCGCUCUUUCAUCCACAGGGUAACUGAGCUGUCCUCUUUGGAGGGAGAGACGGUGAGACAAGAGAAGCUCAAGAAAAUGAAGAAACAGAGGAAAGCUCCAUCCUGACAAUCACCCUCUCCCCAGUCAAAUGGGUUAAGGAUCAAAACCUUGGAGUCUGUGCCAACAAGGUCAGAGCAAAAUAAAACAUGGGCACCGUGCUCCUUUCAGUGUCUUCUUGUAACUGCUUGUUUGUCCGCAGCGACAAUAGUUUCCUGCUUAUCAUGGCUGAUAUUCACAUUUUGGGAUUCCUGACCUGAGCUCCUCUCCUUUAGUGAUUAGAUGCAGUAUUUAUAAUGGGAAACGGCAGCACAUGCUACCAAAAUGAAUGCUGAAAACUUAAACUAUUUUUACUUGGAUCUCAAAGCUGCAUGAAAAGAUAUUUAGUUUACCUCUCUAAUGGCUUGUAAUGGCUGUUACGUAAUUCUGCCAUAUCUCUCCUUGUAUCAUCAAUAUGUUAUAGAUACUGUCAAGAUUGGACCUCAUUGCAAUAGUGUUUUAAACAUUGCCGAUAUAUAUUUAUUAAGCUUUGUCGAGUAAGUUACAUAUCUAUAAACAUAUGACAUAGUUUAGCAGAACCAUUAUUGUGCCUUGUAUAAUGUCUUCCUGAAAUUAAAUAAAAUUUAUUUUUGUUAUUUCAA